AUGUCUAUCAAACUUACCGUCGCGGCAAAGGCCCGCGCCACGGCUUUUGCUGAAUUGACACUCGCAGCCCUCAUCAACCACUACGAACCUACCUCUCCCAUUGCUUUUGCCUUUGUCGAUGAACCCCUCGUUGACAAGGCCCAGCCUGAAUCCAAGUGCGCUCUUGACAUCAAUGGCACCCUUUACUAUGGUGACGCUGCUUUCACCGCUCUUGCCGAAAGGUUCCCACAGUCUGCUUACGGCGCUGACCUCAAGUCAAAGUACUCUGACGAAUGGAUCAAGUUUGCCUUUAGCUCUCUCAUCGUCAAGGACUUCAAGCAAAUUACUCCUGCACUUGAAAAACUCGAAAGCCACCUCAACUUCCGCUCCUUUGUUGUUGGCACAUAUACCCCUAACAUUGCCGAUGCUGCUGUUUGGGGUACUCUCCGUUCAAAUGUUGUUGUUUCCUCUGCUGUCAAGUCCGGCUCUUACAUCAACAUUGCCCGUUGGUACAAGUUCCUUGAGGCUCACCCCCAUUUUGGUGGCUCCGUUGAUACCUACAACAAGGAGGUCACUGAGAUCCGCAAGGCUGCCAAGUCCGGCCAAAAGAAGGAAUCCAAAGCUUCUUUCGACAUUGACCUGAUUGAUGCCCAGGAAGGCAAGGUUGUCACCCGUUUCCCUCCUGAGCCCUCUGGAUACCUCCACAUUGGUCACGCAAAGGCUGCUCUUCUUAACCAGUACUUUGCACAGCUCUACAAGGGUAAGCUUAUUAUUCGUUUUGACGACACAAAUCCCAGUAAAGAAAAGGUUGAAUUUGAAGAGUCAAUUGUCGAAGAUCUUGAGCUUCUUGGCAUUAAGGGCGACAUGGUCACUCACUCUUCUGACUACUUUGACACCAUGUACGACUACGCCAUCCAGCUCAUCAAGGAAGGCAAGGCUUACGUUGAUGAUACCCCCGUUGAGAAGAUGCGUGAGGAGCGUGGCGAGGGCAUUGCUUCUGCCCGCCGUGACCGUACUGUUGAAGAAAACCUCAAGUUCUUUGACGAAAUGAAGAAUGCUACCGAGAUUGGCCUCAAGAGCACUCUCCGUGCCAAAAUCUCUGUUGACGACAACAACAAGGCUCUCCGUGAUCCUGUCAUUUACAGAACCAACUUGACUCCUCACCACCGCACUGGUACUCAGUGGAAAAUGUACCCUACAUACGACUUUUGCGUCCCCAUUGUCGAUUCUCUCGAGGGUGUUACCCAUGCCCUGCGUACCAUUGAGUACCGCGACAGAAACCCCCAGUACGCCUGGUUCCUUGAGAACUUGCACAUCCGUAAGGUCCACAUUUGGGACUUUGCCCGUGUCAACUUCCAGCGCACUCUGCUUUCCAAGCGCAAACUUCAAUGGUUUGUUGACAACAAUAAGGUUACUGGCUGGGACGAUCCUCGUUUCCCCACUGUUCGUGGUGUUCGCAGACGUGGUAUGACUGUUGAGGGUCUCCGCAGUUUUAUUCUUGCCACUGGUCCUUCCAAGAAUAUUAUCAACCUCGAGUGGAGUUUAAUUUGGGCUACCAACAAGAAGGUCAUUGAUCCUAUUGCCCCACGCCACACAGCCAUUACCCUUAAGAAUGCUGUCAAGGUGACCCUUUCUGGUGGCCCUGAGAAGCCAUACUCUGAGGAGAAGCCCAAGCACAAGAAGAACCCUGCUCUUGGCAACAAGACUGUUUGGUUUAGCUCCAAUCUGUUGAUUGAUCAGGAGGAUGCUGCUCUUACCAAGGACGGUGAGGAGGUGACUCUCAUGGACUGGGGUAAUGCCAUCUUUGAUAAGGUUAUCAAGGACGAUGCCGGCGUCGUCACCGCCAUUGAGGGCCGUCUUCACUUGGAGGGUGACUUUAAGAAGACUGAGAAGAAGCUUACUUGGCUUGCUGAUGUCGCUGAUCUUACUCCUGUUGAGCUUGUUGAUUUCGACCACUUGAUCAACAAGGAUAAGAUUGAGGAGGAUGAGAACUUUGAGGACUUUUUGACUGAGUUUACUGAGUUUAAGACCCAGGCCAUUGCCGAUGUCAAUCUGCGCACUGCCAAGAAGGGUGAGAUUCUCCAGUUUGAGCGCAAGGGUUACUUCCGUAUUGACGAACCCUUCUCUGAGGCCACUGGCAAGGCUGUUCUUUUCACAAUUCCUGAUGGUAAGGUGGUGAAUCGUUACGGAGCCAAACAGGUCACUGCUAAUUAA